CCCGCAUUAUAAAGACACUUCAGUUUCAAUUUAUUCUUUUACUGCAGUACAAGUGCUUUUUAAAUUUAAAGGCUUAAAAGCUUCGUGCGGACUUGCAAUAUAAAAGGAUGACUUCGCGGGAAUAUCCGAAGAUUUGGGGUAGUUUUGAGAGAAUUGCUGAGGAUGGUAGGACUUUGGCAUUCGUAAUAGAAGAUAUUCCUGAAGCCUUGUGGAGUGAGGCCGUGGAAUUUAUGCUGGGGAAUUAUAUAAGGGAGGAUGUUUGGUGGAUCACAGCUGGUACGGCAGAGGACUCGCAGGCUAUUCAAGAAUAUCGCGUGCUAUUGAAAUCGAUCAUAAAUUGUAAAAUGAGUUUGGCAUGCUUCCUUUCCCAUGACGAUGGAAAUGAUCGCACUCUUGUUGGGGUCAAUAUGUGUAUGCCGCAGGAGAAAAAUCACUUUGUUGAUCACAAUCCUCCUAAAACAAAAGCCGGGCUGUUGUCCCUCCGCAUGUUUAGCGAGGCCAUGAAAGUGACAGCAAUAUACGACAAGUACGACGUGAGUAAAUAUCUCAUGGGAGCCGGCCUGUCUGUAACGCCUGAAUACAGGGGGCUGGGAGUAGCUGUCGAGCUACUUAAAUACAGAAUGCUCCUCGCAAAAGAAGAAGGCAUGAGUGUGACCGGUGGAAUAUUUACAAGUGAGCCGGCCCAGCGCUCGGCAGACAAAGCAGGUUGGGAAUGCCUCUAUCAGGUUCCGUACAAACAAUUUGGAGAACAAUGUGAAAUCGACUUUAACACCAACACCGAAAACUUAAAAAUCUUUGCUGUAAAAGUUGAAUGAAAUUUAAAUUACUCACACCACAACGUAUACGUAUACAUUAAAGGUAUAAGUUACUAGGAUAGAAACUUUUACUAAGAUAAUAAAAUUCCUUAAAGAGUUUCCAUCGGCAUCGAUUUAAAAAAAUACUUCACUUCUAAUUUUUACUCUAGGCAUAAAAAAUGGCCGCUAUUUUAUUUUAUUUAAACUGAUAUAAAGUUAAAUUUUUAUUUUGUUUUAAAUAUUAAUCUUAUGUCUUAUGCUAUUUGUGGUUUUGUUGGCAUGAAAUGUUUU